AGGUGGUGUGAGCAUUGAAAGAUAAAGGACGGCAGUUCAAGAGGAAGGUUCACCGCGAUCACAGAGGAGUGGAUGUACAAAGAGACAACACGCUGAAAAAACUCAAGAAAGGAGCAGGAGACCGGAAGACUUGACAAGCAACCUACAUCACCGAGAUGGAAGCAGGCAUGAAGCAGAUAUCAGAGAAAGUGAAGGCCACAGACAGUGACCUGUCAGAACAGAUUAAAGAAGUGACCAAGGACACGCAUGUCAGAGCUGAGAACACAGAGCUUAUGCUGAGCUACCAAAGAGGGCAUAUAUCCCUCCCACAAUAUAAGCUCCUGCUGUGCUCACUGUAUGAGAUAUAUAGAGCCCUGGAGGAGGAACUGGACAGAAAUGCCUCCCACCCAGGUGUUGCACCGAUUUACUUUCCCCAGGAACUAGCCCGAAGGGAAGCACUGGAGAGUGACCUUGAGUUCCUCCUUGGACAAGACUGGAAGGAGAAGAUCGCUGUUCCUGCUGCUGCACACAAAUAUGUACAGAGACUGAGACAGAUUGGCAAAGAAAACCCCACCUUGUUAGUGGCCCACGCCUACACCCGUUACCUGGGCGACCUGUCAGGUGGACAGGUCCUGGGGCGCAUUACCCAGAAGACUUUGGGGCUGAGCACUGGGGAGGGUCUGUCCUUCUUCAUGUUUCCUGGAGUGAGCAGUGCCAACCGCUUCAAACAGCUGUACAGGAGCAGGAUGAACAGUGUGGAGCUGACCGAGGAGGAGAGAGAGCAAGUGCUGGAGGAGGCUGUCCGAGCAUUCGAGUUCAACAUCCAGGUUUUUGAUGACCUGCAGAAAAUGUUGAUGGUCUCACAGUCCGACAACAGCAGAGAUGCUGCUCAUGUCACAGGUGCUGAGACUGUCAAGAACAGACUGAUGGAAAAAGUACAGAUGACCAGCAGUGACCUGUCAGAACAGAUUAAAGCAGUGACCAAGGACACGCACGUCAGAGCUGAGAACACAGAGCUAAUGCUGAGCUACCAGAGAGGACAUAUAACCCUCCCACAGUACAAGCUCCUGCUGUGUUCGCUCUAUGAGAUCUACAGAGCUCUGGAGGAGGAGAUGGACAGAAACUCCUCCCACCCAGGUGUUGCACCAAUUUACUUCCCCCAGGAACUGGCACGACUCGAGGCACUGGAGAAGGACCUCGAGUUCCUCCUUGGAAAUAAAUGGCGAGAGCGGAUAGCAGUCCCUGCUGCUACACAGAAAUACGCAAAGAGACUGAGACAAAUUGGCAAAGAAAACCCAAAGUUGUUGGUGGCCCACGCCUACACCCGUUACCUGGGCGACCUGUCAGGUGGGCAGGUCCUGGGGCGCAUUACCCAGAAGUCCUUGGGGCUGAGCGACGGGGAGGGUCUGUCCUUCUUCGCGUUCCCUGGAGUGAGCAGUGCCAACCGCUUCAAACAGCUGUACAGGAGCAGGAUGAACAGUGUGGAGCUGACCGAGGAGGAGAGAGAGCAAGUGCUGGAGGAGGCUGUCCGAGCAUUCGAGUUCAACAUCCAGGUUUUUGAUGACCUGCAGAAAAUGCUCGGAGUCAUGGAAGAGACAGAUGGCAGACAUAGCCGCUUCGCUAACGGAGACCACACAGUGGCCAAGGCUUCCCAACUGCCCACUUUGAUGGUUUCCAGCUCACCUGUAAUGCGACUGAUCUUCGGAGUCUGUGUUGCCUUGGCAGUCGCUGUGGGAAUGUACCUACGAUGACCGCACAACUGAACUACUGUAACGGAGCAAUUCUGAACCUUCACUGACUACUGUACAGUAUUAACUGCACAGUUAGAUUUGACUGUGCAAUCCGUGCAUCUUUACUGUAGCUCAAAUUCAUUUCAAAAUGUAUGUGUGGGCCUUUGUAAGACCUUAUGGGUCUAAUAUGAGCACUUCAGUAUAAUAGGAGCCCAAGUACAACUACUGUAAUCAAUUGUUUUGCACUGAUCUAUUGUAAUAAUGUUGGAACUUAAUGAAGGCAAUAUCAAGAUUUCAACUGUUAGCUGCUAUGUAAUUACUCGUUUUGUUUAUUUUCUAUAAUUGCUGAAAAUUCACAUUCCUAAUAAAAAAAAUAAAAAAAAAGAA